GCGGAGCGACAGGUCUCGGGCCCCCAGGCGGAGCGGCGGGCACCGGGCCCCCAGGCGGAGCGGCGGGCACUCGGACCCCCAGGUGGAGCGGCGGGCACCGGACCCCCAGGCGGAGCGGCGGGCACCGAGUCGUCCCCAGGCGGAGCGGCGGGCACCGAGUCACCUGGCAAGACAGCGGGCUCCGAGUCAACUGGCAAGACUGCGGCACUGAGUCGUCUGGCAAGACUGCGGGCACCGAGUCGUCUGGCAAGACUGCGGGCACCGAGUCACCUGGCAAGACUGCGGGCUCCGAGUCGUCUGGCACGACAGCGGGCACCGAAU